AAAACGCGCGCGCCGUGUAGGUUAUGUGUACCAUUGUUGCGUUCGCGCGGCGUUCCGAUUCAACAAUAAUACCUCCUCGACGCGCCAAUUUCUCCUGCCAGUUGUGUUCCUGCAACAGUUUCGCCCCCCUCGCCUCGUGUUCGACUUUCGCCUUAGAAGUUUCCCGUCACACUGCGUUUUAAAGGGUUUUACGAGACAUAAACCUUCCCCUUCCAUCCCCGUUCUAACUUUUUACCCCGUUGUCCUUAUCAUCGUUCUUCAACGGCUUAAAUUAUAUAUGACUUGAUCACCGAUCAGUCUUUCCGUAGACAAUGUUAUCCUGCGGAUAAUUAAAGCGCGUGGACGAGUUCGUUGGUUUUUUUUUAUUCUACGCUUUUCCGUUGCGUCCAGUAUUCAUGCGAUUAAGAACCCUAAAUCGCACUAAAAUGUGAAUAAUGAGAAACAGAAGUAGAAUUACUAGUCAAUCUGACCAAUCGGAUGAUGAUCAAAUUUUCACACCAGUAGUCCAUACUAGAUCAAAAUUUUCAUCAUUGCAUCAUUCACAUGAAAGUAGUCACCAUGAAGGAGAUGAUUCAAAUAACAUAGAAGGAACUAGAAGAAGUACAAGAAAGCGGAAGUUAAAAUAUGAGAAUUAUAGUGAUACCUGGAUUGUCGGUUCUCAGUCACUUAAAGGUUAUCCAAACAUGGUAAAUGUAGAAGAAAAUGUUCCACGUAGAAUUACCAGAAAUCUUAGAUUGAAACAAGUAGUUGUAGAUGAUGAAGAAGAAGAAGAUGAAGCUGAUAAUAAUACUAAUGAACAAGAAAUCCAACAAGAAGAAGAAAUCAUUGCUCCAAUGCAAAGUGGUAAUUCAAAACAACAUGAUAAAAAAAUGUUAAGUUUUGUAUCUGAAAAAAAUGAAAGUCGUCCAAGAACACGAAGAGCUGUAGCUGAAGCUAGUGAUAAAUCUAAUGAUCAUCCAAACGUAGAUUGUGAAGAUUUAUACACUCGUAUUAAACGAACACGAAGAUCAAAUCAAACUAAACCUAUUACUACUGAACAAAGUAGUGAUGAGUCCAUGAGUUCAGAAGAAUUAAAUAAUUUGAGCAAUAUUGAAGAUUAUUUAACAUCCAUCAAUAAGUUGAAUGUUAAAAAGAAAAGGAGAACUAUUAGAUUAAAACAAUGCAGCAUCAGACCAUCUAAUCGACCUAGGUAUUACAGAUACAGUUUACGUAAGGUUAAGCCUACAGUUCAGAGAUUUCAAAUACAUACUGAAAGUAAUACAAGAGCUAUAAAAACUCCUUCAAAAAUGGUAAAUGGGCCAAGGAAACGUCGUGCUUCAUCUUCAUCUGAAUCAAGUUCCUCAAGCUUGUCUGAUAAUGAUUUAGAAACUAUCAAUCAAAGUCAAGUCAUAAAAAAACCCAAAAGUCAUACUAGAGAUGAUAAAAGUAAAAAAAAAACUGCUUUAGAAGAUAUUAAACCUGUUAUCGUAGACAGUGGCAUUGGGUUUCAUAAUGUUGGUGGUUUACAAGAGCAUAUAGAUUGUUUACGUGAAAUGGUGGUUUUUCCUAUGAUUUAUAAAGAUGUAUUUGAAAUGUUCGAACAAAAUCCUGCUAAAGGAGUGAUUUUUCAUGGACCUCCUGGAACUGGAAAAACACUACUUGCCAGAGCUUUAGCCAAUGAAUGCAGUAAAAGUGGCCAAAAAGUUUCAUUUUUUGUACGUAAAAGUGCUGAUGUUUUAUGCAAGUGGGUUGGCGAAUCAGAAAGACAACUAAGACUACUUUUUGAUAAGGCAAAAGAAAUGAAACCUUCUAUAAUAUUUUUUGAUGAACUUGAUGGUUUGGUACCUGUUCGUUCUGGUAAACAAGACCAAGUUCACAAUAGUAUUGUAACUACUAUGUUGGCAAUGAUGGAUGGUUUGGAAAAUCGUGGUGAUGUUAUUGUUAUUGGAGCUACAAAUCGUAUAGAUUCUAUUGAUCCUGCUCUUAGAAGACCUGGAAGAUUUGAUAAGGAACUUUACUUUCCUCUUCCAACAGACAAAAACAGAUUACAGAUUUUACGUAUAAUAAUAUCCAAGUGGAAAAAUCCACUUUCAGAUGAAUUGUUAAAAAAAUUAGCUGAAGAAACUGUUGGUUAUACAGGUGCUGAUUUGAAUUCUUUGUGUUCCGAAUCAGUAUUGCAAGCAUUAAAUCGUACAUAUCCACAAAUUUACAAAACAUCUAAUAAAUUACUUUUAGAUCUUAACAAAAUCCAGGUUAUAUUUGAAGACUUUGAAAAGGCCAUGAGUAAAAUUAUACCAACUACAGAGCGAAAUGUUGUACUUAAUCCUAAAAAACUUCCAAGUAUUUAUCGCCCAUUAUAUGAAAACACACUGCAAGAUUUGAUAUCUUAUAUUAGUAAACUAUUUCCUGAACUCAAUUCACCAUCAAACCAAAGACUGAGGGUUGCAAAAGCUCCACGCCUGCUGGUACACAGCCUUUCUGAUUCAAAAAAUGUCUUAGUUGUUCCUGCUCUUUUACAACACUUUGAAAACUGUUAUAGACAUACACUAAGCUGUGUUACAAUAUUUAGUAAUCCAGCUUAUUCUCCUGAAGAAGCCAUUGUUCAGAUCUUCAAAGAGCUUCCUAAACAUCUUCCUGCAAUUUUAUUUAUUCCAAAUAUCGGUGAAUUUUGGACCAGUUUAUCAUAUCCAUUACAAAAGUUAUUCUCAGAGUUAAUGGAUUCAAUGGAUAUAACUCUUCCUGUAUUAACAUUUGCAACAUCACUCUAUGAUAUUAAGGAUUUACCAAAUGAAGUAUUAGAUAUAUUUUCAGGUGAAAAACGAAAAUAUUCAAUUCCUAAUCCAUCAGAGAAUUCUAUACGUGCAUUAUAUUCUAUAUUAAUUGAUAAGGCCCUUACACCGCCUGUAAUCAUUGAUCAACAAUCUUUAGAAGAACUUCCUAUUGCUCCUCCUCCUAGUCCUACAAAAUUAAGUGAAACUGAAUUAAAAAAUAUUAUUUCUCAAGAAGAAAAUACAUUGAGAGAACUGAGAAUAUUUUUACGUGAUAUUUGUGCCAAACUAGCUCGUAAUAAACAAUUUUUCAUGUUUACAAAGCCAGUUGACAUUGAAGAAGUGCCAGAUUAUUUGGAAAUCAUCAAAGAACCUAUGGAUUUAGAAACGGUUAUGAGUAAAAUAGACAAACAUUGUUAUAUUUGUGCGAGAGAUUUUUUAGAUGAUAUUGAUCUCAUUGUACGAAAUGCAUUGGAGUAUAAUCCAGAUAAAAGUGCUGAAGACAAGCACAUUAGACACAGAGCUUGCUCUUUAAGAGAUAAAGCUUAUGCAUUUAUCAAAGCAGAAAUGGAUUCAGAUUUUGAAGAUACAUGUCGAGAUAUAAGAGAUAAACGUAAAAUACGUAAUGCUACUGAAAUUGAACAAACAUGUGUUCCUGAUUUUGUACACACUAUCAAAAAAGAGCAACAAAUAAUUGAAAAAGAUGAUCAUCUUGAAGAUAAUUGUAGCCGAAGGAAAAAGCGUCGUAAUAUGUGGCAAAAAGGAUUAACCCCCAAAAAGAAAAGAUACUCAAAAAAUUCUAAAGAUCAUGAUGACAAUUCAGUUAACGAUAACUCUAGUCAUCCGACAAUUAAUGGAUUUGAUAUUAAUGGAAUCGAUGAAAGCAGUAAUGAUAGUAACCAUUCUAUGGUAUGGGUAGAUCGAUCAACUUCACCUAGUCCUAUACCUAAUGAAAUUAAUCAUGUUGAUUUAUUACCAGAAAAUUCAAAACAAGAAUUGAAAAUUGACAAAAAUAUGUUUGAAAUACUCUUGCAUGACGAUGUGAUGAAAUUUUGGGAUGAAAUCCAAAAUUGGAAAAUUGAUGAUGGAAUUAUAGAUUUAUUUUCAUUACUAGACAAUAAAAUUAGCCUAUAUUUAGAAAAAUGGGAUCGAACAACUUUAAUUUUGGAGUUGAAAACAGAAUUUGAAGAUUUUAAAAUAAGAUAUGUUGAAGAAAAUAUGGAGAAAAAAAAAUAA